GGAAAUACAUACCCAGCAAGGAGUCAAGGACGAGCAAGACAAGCAAUGUCUAGGAAAACAGCGAGUACUGCCCUGAAGGCAGCCAUAUCUGAUGGCAUUUUAGGGCCUCCUUCUCUUGUGUAUAAGCCAGGGGGCCCGCAACAUGCUGCUCUUUUCUAUGAUCUCAAUGAAUUUGCAGCCGGACUUGAAAGAGCCAAACAGGCUUUUGGAAAAGGUAACUACAAUUUGCCGCCUUCUGUAGUCAGAUCAUGACACAGACCGCAGGGUUAGGUUCAUUGUUAGGAUGUUUUGUUUUCUUUGUUUUACGUAGCUGUGAGUAAUAAAUUAUAUUACACCAGAGAUGAGCCGACAGACCACCUUACCAGCUGAUGUUUGUCUCCUCGAGGCCUUCAACGGUUGUCUUUACACUAGGCAGCUGACUAGGCUGUUAAGUAAGACUUGAGAGCUGCUAAGUUUUACUUAACCAAAAAAUACGUGUGAAGGCCUAAGUAAAAUCUCUAGUAACUUUACUUUGCAUGUCAUUAAAGUCGGAAAGUUGAAACGAUUCAAGAAAGUUUCAAGUGACUCGAAAACCACCCUUAAAACCGACUUAGCUAACUUGCGGUUUCUAAGCUUUGAGAAAGGCGAAGCAUGUCAAUCAAUCUUAAUUAUGUUGGUGGGAAAAUAGGCUUAGGUAACAAAAAAGAUAGGUUGUGUGUGAAGCUUUCUUUUAUUUAAAAAAUUUAAAAUUUACUUGUCUUGAAAUAUUUCGUAGCUUAUUUAGGCUCUAGUGUAGACUACCAACGUGUCCUUCGUAUGUCAGCAGUUGGCUGCAACGUUUAGACGUCGUAACUGGCAUGGAACCAGUCACAUUAAUUCAUCACAUGAUCUUGAGGACAAAUUUUCAUUUGAGUUGUUGCUUGUCACUGUAUCCAGGAGACUUUGCUUUUAACCCUUUAAGCCCCAAUAUCCACAUACAAAUUCUCCAAACUGAUCUCUAUAUGUUUCCUCAAAGAAUGAGUUGAGAGAAUUUGACAAAAGAUCAAAGCAUUUUCUCUUACAUGAUCAUUUUAUUAAUUCUCAAAACCUAAUCUCUUGACAAUGUAUGGAUAUCAUUGGGAGAAAAUUGAUGUUGGUCACUAUUGGGACUUAAGGGUUAAUAAACUUCUGACACCUUCAAAGGGCCUUUACAAAGAGUGUAACCGAAUCAAAAAAUUUUUAAAUUUUGCCUUUUAGAUUUCCUCCAUGCAAUGGCUAUGAAAUCAAACCCAGUUUCGGCAGUAUUAAAAAUUGUGUUGGACAAGGUAAAAUUUCUCCUAGACUAUCUCUUUGUUAAUUACUAUGUGCAUGCGGUUGUCUUUCCAACAGUAAAUCAAUUUGUUUUAUAUGCAUUCAUUUUACUAGCUGCCCAAUUGAAGGAAAAACCUACUACAGUGAAACCUCUUUUAAGCGGACCCCAAUUAAGCAGACACCCUCUAUCAAGCGGACACUAAGCUGGUCCUGAAAUUAACAUCUUAUAUUUCCCUUUAUAACGAACCCCUAUUCAGCAGAAACCUCUAUAAAGCAGAUGCAGACUGUCACUAAAAUAUAUUGUAUUUGGCUAAUUUCUAUUGUUGAAAACCUCUAUUAAGUGGACACCAGACUGAAUUGACAAUUGUAGUAUUGGAUUACGUCCUUGAAAUAUGCACUGUGGCCGAUUAAUGAAGGUAAAUUAAUACAUUUAGCUGUCAAUAAACUGAAGAUUAGACCAAUAUCCGACUGUAUGAUUGUCAUCCACAAUCAAUGUUCACCUAAAAGUCUUGCAUAAAGUGGAGCACAAGGUGGAACUUCAUCACACAGAGUAACCAUUGAAUGUUUAUCGUUAACAAACAUUGUGCAAUUUUUACAAACCUCUAUUAAGCCGACACUUGGGAAGGUCCCGAAGGUGUCCACUUAAUAGAGGUUUCACUUGAAAUUAGGAAAACAUACAUGUAUAAUGAUAAAUUAAGACAUACACCUGUAGAAGUAUUAAAAUAUCAAAUUUAAAUUCAUAUUAUCUAAUCUUGAUCAUGAGGGAUUUAAUUAAUCAAAAAUAAAAUAUAAAAGCUAAUAAAAAUAAUUAUUAAUUUAUUAGCAAAAAAUGAUAAAUGGGACAAUUGUUAUGAACAAAAACUACUAAACUAAUAGAUCAAAAUAUUUACAUUCCUUAUUUUUGGUCCCACUGGUAAGUUUAUUAUCAGCGUUUGCAGUAUUUUCUGGUCUUGUUUUUGAGUAUGGUAAAAUCAGCCACUCUCAGGUCAUAUGUCAAGCUAUAUUAAUACAGUCAAACCUCUCAACAAAUAAAUGGCCACCUUAGCAACAGAAGAAAGUGGCCGUUGUAUAGAGAGGUGGCCAUAAUGGGGAGGAGGUAGGGGUGUAAUAGGAACAAUUCUUUUAGGGAGUACAACAUGUUUAUCAUGCAAAGUUCAUGCUUACUGUAUUCUUGGUAAUCCAAUCAUAGUAAUAUACAGAGAUAAAAUAUACACGAAAAACUUGAAUAAUAAUGUUUUAAAUCAAAAUAUUAAUGUGACAAAACAAGAAAAGUUUGGAACAUUCACUUUUAGUAUCACAGACAAUUUAUACUUAAUUUUUUAGCAGCAAAAGUGGAAGUACACAAUCCAAUUACAAUUAUGCCAUGAUUAAUCAUCAAUGCGACAUGGCCAUAUAGAUCAAAUUUCAUACCAUACAUUCUUGACUUUUUUAUCAGUCUCUGAAAAAACUGGCUGUUGUUGAGAGGUUAUUUUGGCAGUUGGAGACAUGCUUUAGUGGCUGUUGCUGCUGUAGAGAGGCAGCUGAACUGUAGAGUUGUUUAAACAAGAGCUAAUGUAUGUACGGAAAAAAAUUAGUGGCCAUUGUAGAGAGGUGGCAAAAAGUUGUCAGGUUCCACUGUAGUUCGUAUGAAGCUCACCAGUUUUAAUUCUAUUUUUCCCUCUUUAAUGUUUUAGGGCCAUGCUGUUGAGUGUGCAUCUAUAGGUGAAGUGCUGCACGCCCUGGAUAUUGGAUUUGCCCCAGAGAGAAUAGUGUUUGACUCACCAGUCAAAACAAUUCCUGAAUUAAGUAUGACAUUCUUAUUAAAAUCAAGUUUCUCUGUCAAUCUUGGCUACCUCUGGCAAUCAGCAUCCCUUAUAAUACUGAGUUGUGUUCAAAGUUAUGCUUCCUAUGAGAUUCACGCCCCAUAUAUUUUUGUAUUAUGAAUGACAUUAAAAGGUGUCCCUAGCCUUAAUUCGCACUAAAAGCAAGCAAUGCUAUUAAAAAUGAAGUCAUAUGGAAAUGACAAAAUUAAUAUUAAUAAUGUGUUCAAUGUGAAGUAUCCAAUGCCCACGUUGCAUGGUCGUACUGUCAGUUAUAUAUACGUGCCAUUCAAUCAGUUAUAGCUUUCUGGGACAGAACAUAAUUAUAUUUCUGUAGUUUUUGCAUGUAUGUAUUUUUUAAUCACAAUGCUCUGUUGGUCCUCACUGUCAGAAAAAAUAACAAAAAGUAAUCCAUGAAUAAUAGAAAAACUGAAACAUUAAUUAGAUAAUACUUAUAAAAUAUAACAAAAUUAGGACAUGACCAAUUUAUUACUUGUUUGUUUGUCUGUUUGUUUGUUUGUUUUUUGGUGGGGACUGAUAGAAAUCACUCUCUCUCUUGUUCUGUAGAAUUUGGCUUGGAGAAAGGAAUUAUCAUAAAUAUUAACAGUUGUGAAGAACUUGAGGUCGUGACAGAUAUUAUGAAAGAACUGAGGCAAGUUUAAAAAAAAUAAUCGUUGAAUUGGGCUGAGUUUGAUGUGAAGAAUUAUCUAGAUCCAGGAGAAUGUUAUCGCUCAAGUUGGAAAAUUUGUUGAACGCUGGCUGGUUGUGAAGAGAGCUGGGGGAUAUGUGAGCCAAUCAGAAAUGGCAAUUUUAGGCAAGAUAUGUACAUGUAGAUCUGUAAUGUUAUGUUCAUCAUUUACAUUGUAUUUAAAUUACACUUGUUUACCUUAAUACUGUUUGCCAUGACUUGCAAAGAUAUAGUCUCCUCUCAUUUUUGAUUGUAGUCACACUAAGUCAAAGGUGGGACUCAGGUUAAAUCCACUUAUUGGUGCUGGAGACGUACAGGCCUUGAGGUUUGUGUUUUGUAUGAUGCCGUGUAUGCUGUGCAUUUGAAUGGGUGAUUAUGAUCAGGAUACACUAUAAUGUUUAACUUCUUACUACAUUUUGACAAGACACACAGAAAAGUGGAUUCCUCAGAUCUAUAUGUGUUAAUUAAAAUGAUUCAGAAGUUAUGAAGUGGUGAUUUGUUUAUAUAUAAAUGUCAUGUACAUGGUGGGGUGUAUCUAUUUAUUAAUUUAUUUAUUUAUAUUUAGAUGCUUCCACUUUUUUUGAUGAGAAAUAAUAGAGAAAACUUGGACAAGUGUAAACUAUGUACAGUAAGAAACUUAAAAAACAAAAAACUUAUAUAAUUACCAGAAAAAAUCUCUGCCUCCCUGGUACAGAAAGAAUUUUUUUUGCCUUCCCCCAAUUCUCUUCUCAUUUUUCAAGUGACUGAGUAAAUUAAUUAAAAUUCACUUCACUUGAUAAGAAACUCUUGUACUAUUAAGCUCUUAGAAUGCUUUUUCCUUUUUAUUUACUGACAGUGUAUGUACUCAAGAUUCAAAAUUUGGAGUACUGGUGAGUUGUGUUGUGAAAUAACUAUUUUCACUUGUUUGAGGAACAUUCUAAAGGAGACAAAAUAAAAAUUGUAACUGCACAGAGCACUCAGGUUGUCAGGAAAAGAUGAUUUUACUGUAGAUAUUUCACACGGUUCCAAGUGGAAUGUCAUUGUUAUAACCUAUAACCAAGCAAUCAAAUGGCUCUUGGUAUAACAAAUUUGGUUUUGUUAACAACUGCGCUACUGCCAACUGCAGAUGUAGCUGUGCAGGAUACUGAAAGGUGAGAUGUAAUACCAGUGUCUGUGUUGUUUCCCAUUACCCAGUAAAUUAAUUCCGUUCUUUAAAAUCACUUCACAAAAAUGGCUAUUUCACACAUUUUAUUGCAAAAUAGAUCUUCUAAAUCGAAACCCUAUUGAUCAAAAACUGGCCUGCUGAAGGCAUCCUGUUCCCCUCAACUGACCUUUGGAUCCCCAAUUUAGAGGAGAAUCACCUCCUCAGUACUGAUGCUAACCUCAGUGGUAGUAAGAACAUAUGAAAAAGAACGUAACUACAGUGGAAUCUCGAUAUAACGAAGUGCCAAGGGACUGGCAAAGUAUGUUCGCUGCAAUGAAGUUUCAUUUUUAUCGAGUUUCACUUUUAUACAUUUUACUAUUUCUGGGGUAAAGAAAAUCACUCAUUAUACCAAGGACUUUGUUUUAUCAAGGUUCCACUGUAUAAUGAAACCUCAUUAUAACAGCAAACAAAUUUUGCGUGAGUGCUCUGUCCCUUUGGUAUAUCUAGGUUCCACUGUCCUUUCUUGUUUUAAUAGCUCACUGAAUCAUCAAAAGAAGACUUAAUCAGUUGGUAUGUAAACCGGCCAUGGCUGACAGGGGUUCAUGUACACAUAGGAACUCAGGUAGCUAAGUAAGAACACAUGCAGUCUACAUUACGUAAGCAACAAACAUCAUUCGCACUUCCAUAAAAAUACUGACGAUAAGAAGAUCCAAUAUCCCAACUUUCACUGCUCUGUAUGUCUGUGCUAUUUUUUUUUUCCAACCAAAAACCCAAAGGAAGUGCUGGCAUACAAGCUGCUGAAAAUCAAGUCUGUUGCAUUUUCAACUGUUGUACUAAUUUGGAGCUAAAUUCUCAUUGAUGAAACAACAUUAUCGAUGGAUAACUACCUUAUUUUUUGUAGAGUUGCAUAGAACACAAGGUAGGCUUUAACAAAAAUAACGAAUUGAAUUGAAGGAGAAUUGGAGAUCGCACCUUACUAAAGAAAGAUGAUCUUUAACUUCUUUGGUGAUACAAUGUAAAUGUAAGAUUGCUUUAUGUAAUCUUUGAUUCUGAUAUUGCAAUUUCCACAAUUAUGUGCUUUUUUCAUGUGUUUAUUUGGAUCGAUUUACGUUUCUGGGAAACUGCCCACCUACCCCUUCCCUAAGCUCACAUUAACACUUACUUCUCACUUAGGGCAAAGUGAUGGCUUAGGGGAGGGGUAGGUGGGUAGUUUCCUAGAAACCUAAAUUGAUUCGUUUAUUUUUCUGAUCUUUAGAGCUUUGGUUAUGACUCUCUUACUCAAGGAGUGAAGUGCAUCGUACAAUUUGCUUUGGUAACGAGAUUUAACAAUUUGUUAGUAAUAUUGUUACAAAUUUAGUAAUACAGCUGUAUAUAAGUAACAUAGUGGACGUUAGGCAUAAGUUGUAUUAUUAUUUUUCUUUUAUUGUCAUUCAGGAAGUUAACCAUCGAGUAGGAAGAAACCAGAUUGAUGUUGUUGACAUAGGUGGCGGCCUCAAGGUAAAGAUGAAAGAAUGAAGAACUCAAGUUAAAUGUUGCACGAUUGUAUACAGUUAUGUUUUGUGAUGUCCGGAAUUUAAUGAAGGACUAACUAAUAGAAAGAUCUUGAGUUUUCUGGGUAUUCCAAAAUCUGAAUCAAUAAUUGUUUCAUUAGUGUACACCGGUAUUGCACAAAAAGGGGAACUGGGGUUCUAAUCCUGUACAAGCCCGAUUUUUUUCAGGCUUUCUUUUCGCAACUGCAAAAGUUGCGUCCCUUGCUGCGAUGAUCUUUUUUUCAUUUAUAACCAAUAUUGAUGCUUUGUCAGGUGAACACAGAGGAUGAUACUGCUCGUGUUUCUUUUGAGGAAUAUGCGCAAGACCUAAGAGUAAGUCAAGAAAUCCACAUGUAACAAGCCUACGUAUAGCCGUCCCUCUUUUUAGACUGCCAGCAGUCUCUCUUUUGCCCGAACAUGUGUGAGAUUUUUGAGCAAAAGAGAGAUUACUCGCUGUGUGCCCUUCGUUAGGUUAACAGGCAAGUAACGUAAAAUUCCGUAACAUUAAUUAACCCGUUCAUGUGUUAUAUUUAAGCCCCUCAGUCCCCAAAAUUCGACAUGCCAAAAACAAUGCAAUAAGCUCUUUUGAAUAUUUAAAGUUCCCGUCCUCUGAUACAUCGAGACCGUAAUAAUUUUGCUCCGUCGCAGGACGAACCGCGGCGGGGAAGUGACUUCUUGUACCGGACACAGGUGACAUAAAACAAAAGAACAAAAACCAUGAAACAAUGCUAAGCAGAUUUUUCCCUGAACAGGAAACAAAGAGGUCUUUUGGUUUACGUCAUCUGUGUCUGGUACACGAAGUUUUGACCCGCGAGUGCUGCCCGGAUAAAACUGAAGUAUAUAUUAAGAUCGUCAAAAUUUUCCCAAAACCUGGAGGGUGGGCAUGAAAUAUACGGAUGGUUAGAUGUAAACCACGCUUCCAAAAAAAUGUCCGAAGUUGGUUUUAGAUAUACUUAUUGUUUUAUUAUACAAUUUAUACAUGCUACAUAUUUUAAUUGUAUAUACAUUAUUAUUAUUAUUAUUUCUUAUUUGUAAAUAAUUUUUAUUUUUGUGUCCCCAAUUAGUUGUGAAAACUAUAUACAUUAACACAUUAAUAAAGCUUUUACUUUACUUACUUUACUUUACUGACAUUUAAACUGCAAAGGACAGCAAAUGAAUAUGCCGCAGAACGUAGGAUCUAUGUGAAGACCUGAUCAGCAAAAAUAUACAAAGUAGACACAUUGAAUUCUGAAAAGCUGAUCGUACUAUAUAUAGAAAUGCCUAUUUGUAAUGUUGCUGCAGUCUGCUUAUAAUGUCACGUGACCCUUCUUAUAUGUUUUCACCCCAAGUAAAGAAAUUCGGAUUCCGGAAUCCACGAAAUUUUUGUUUGUGGAAUCUGGAAUCCUAAAUACAGCUCAAGGAAUCCGGAAUCCCACUAACGAUUGGAACCCAGAAUCCAAGUUCCAUUGUCUCAGAAUCCGCAAUCCAGUAUCUGGAAUCCAGAAUCCAGGACUGUCUUGGUAUCCCUUUACACAAGGCAGAUGUUUCGUUUUGCUUACGUUGUUAGGAAAAAGUUCCAGAACUGUUUCCCAGCCACGGAGUAUUCAAACAAGUGAUAACUGAGUUUGGCCACGCAUUUAAUACAAAGGUAUGGAAUUCACUGGAGUACGUAAAUCAACUUUGAUAGUGUGAAUGCAAUAAAAGAUGAAAUGGCGCCGUGAAAUGGAAAACGAAGGGAAAAAAAGGCGGGAGAGAAGUGUUUUUUUCCGGCUCAUUUCUCACUGCGUCGUCCGCAUUCUUGCGUGAACUUACGGUUUGUUUACGAACAAAAUUGGAUUUUAAAAAAUGAACCCUUACACACAUUUAGUACAUCCGCCUUUCAAAGCGCAAACUGAAAACCUCAAAAAUCAUUUAAUUUAAUUUGUUUAUGUAAUUUCUCCAGGCAGGCUGGCUUGUCAGUAGAGUAGAAUACACAAAGGUGCCAUCAGAUGAACUAAGAGUGGCACUUAUACAUUUUGGAGCUGUAAGUUCAGAAUAUAUUCUGGCAAACGAGAUCCUUAACCGAUAAAAAAUAACUACCUGAAAUCCUCUAACAACCCCCCCCCCCCGGGGGGGGGCUUAUCUAUUUCAAACACGUUUGAGGUGGGCUUUACGGAGAGGGGGGUCGAGUUUAUUUAUCCAUUUAUCCUUAAAGAACUAGAACGCGAAGUGGAAAAGCUCGGACACAUGAAGUUAGGUGUCAUGAAUCCGAAGAUUAAAAACAAAUCCGAACUUCAAGCACACGAAUAUACCAUACUGGGUCAGUCCGCGUGAGGUGUUACAGUCGUGAUUGAUUAAUACAGUAUUUCAUUUAAGAAUAAGCGGGGAGGGGAGGGGGGCUAAUAACUUUCUUCCCCUGCAAAAGGAAGCCUUAUUAGGGAAUGUUUAUAUGAGAUGAGCCCGACCGGUUAGCCUCAUAUAAACAGGCCUUUAGAAAGGGGAGCUUAAUAGAGGAUGACGGAGGAGUUUUACAGAAGACCUAUUUUGUUUGUUGCUUUUUGUUUUUGUUUUUUUUCUUUAAACUGUUGUAGGAUAUUUUACUAAGGACGUGUUACUGCCCGGAUGUAAAGAUAUAUCAAGUAGGUGCAGAACUACCAUAAUUUUUAUCCUGAAAUUAACAGGUUACACGAUGGGAACGUUUUCGUUGUGUAGUAAUUUAAUGGAUUGUUAUAAGAACCAUUUCUAUUUCUCAUGUACUGGACUGACAGUGUUACCCUGUUUUAAUUACUGCAGAGACGUGUGGAAGUUUUUGAUAGCCAUGGACAACCUAAAGAAGGAAAGGUAUAACGUUCCCAUAGCAAAGGGCUCUUAUAUCGCCCAGAUAGGCUACAACGAAGCUAAAUCGUAAUAAUCAACCUAUUGCUUCUUUGAUGUUCUCGUUGCCGUCGCCGUCGUCGGAUUUUAAGGUCCCCACUGAUCGACAAACGAGAGAAAAAAAAUGCUUGUUUAGCUUUGUGCCUGUAAUGAGUGAAUUUGUACUUGUACGCGCAUCUGUGCUGGCUGUAAGUGUAGUGCAUCAGAAUGCAUACCUAUUAGAUUGUGCAUUGUCUAUUUUUCUUAGGAUGUUACUAAAAUUUGCGCGAAAAAAAACGCAGGUUGUCCAAUUUUAUUCCGCGCCUAAUAAUUGCCAGUCACUCCAGUCCCACCCCCACUACCUGCCCCAAAGUCCGUACGAACGUACGGGCGUACGCUGACGUCAUAACCAAAUUUUCUGGCAUCGAUAGGUUUCCAUUUUCCUUUAGGUAUAGGGCUCGGCUCGCGCGCGCGCGCGUGAAGCUCCGCUAAAACGGGGAGCGGGGAACGAGUCAUGGGAACAGGAAAGUGAAAAAUGGGAGCAAAAAAGAGAAUUGGAAAUGAAGUUAUUGGUAGGGCUAAAGUUCAAGUUAGGUUUUGUUCCCAUUUUUCAUUUUCCCGUCCCCCGUGCUUGUUCCCCGCUUCUUGUUCUCCGUUUUAGUAACAUACAUCUUUCUUAUUCCCCGUGGCAAUUCUAUUUUGUCAUUAGGGCCAUUUAUACGAGGAAAAAUAAGACGCGUCUUACAUAAGACGCGUCUUAAAUAAGACGCGAACUGUACCGUUUAUACGAGCAUGUCUUAUCUAAGACCAGAACAGUUCGUAUAAAUGGUUCACGUCUUAUUUCUGUUCUUGACUCGUUUUCGUGUGAAUGUUGCCAGUAGCAACUGCAAUCCAACGUGGCGCGCCAAAAAUUAACGCAUGCGUACUAUGCGUUCGCGUCUUAUGUAAGACGCGAAGGUCAUUUAUACGAAGUUUUUCUCGUCUUAGCUAAGCCGCGUCUUAUUUUAGACGAAACGUGCCGUUUAUACGGAAAGUUUGCGUCUUAUUUAAGACACGUCCUAUGUAAGACGCGUCUUAUUUUUCCUCGUAUAAAUGGCUCUAUUGUUUCAUUUCUAUUUCAUUUUUUUAUGUAUUCUUUUGUCAUUGAUUAUUACACAGAAAAUAAACCAUAACAUCGCUGGACCUCUGUGUUUUUCCGGAGAUGUAAUCAAAAGAAAUAUUCUUCUCCCUAAGGUACUUUGAUUAUUAAAAACACUGCGAUAAGAUAUUACUUGAAAUCAUUUUAAAAGACGUUUUUCAAAAAUUUAGAAACAUUUAAAAAGACUGACGACGUUUGGAGUUUCUUGGUUACCAUGUUUUAUAAAUACAAGAAAAAAACAUCAGUAAUCAACUUUUAAUUUUUCUUUAACUUAUUAAACAUUGUUAUGUUUUUAUUUAUUUUUUGAUUGACAGUGAAGUUCAAAAACGACGCCAUGGUUUUUUUACGUUUUAAUUUUUUUAAAAUUUUUUUAAUAAGAUUUUAAGUAAUAUCUUAUCCCAGUUUUUUAUAGUUGAGUUAUAUCGCUUUAUUUUUUGCAGUGGUGAUUUUAUCUACACAGUUUAAAAAUAACUUCCGCAAUAGAUUUCGAGCAAUCUGAUUGCAACCUAUACGUCUUCUUCACUACCAUAUAUGGAACCCGGUUAAUACGGUCACCAAGGAGACAUGCCCCGUAUUAUCGGACUGUCCGUAGCGAGAGGUUCCACUGUAUAUGACUUUUACGUUUCAGGUGGAAAGAAAUGAUUACAUUGUCCUACACGAUUGUGGUGCAAAUUCGCUGUCUCUGUUUUCCCGACAUUGCAGUAGGCAAGCACCUGCUGUUUUUGGUGAGUGGUAAUCAGCAUCAAUUUCUUAGAAUUCUUAAACAGGAGAGAAAAAAUGCUACAAGCUGCGCAUGCGUAUGGUAUUAGAGACCUUUAGAUUUGAGGACAAGGACGACUACGUGUACGAGAUUUGACUUAAAGUUUUUUGCGUCUUCUGAAAAUAUAGACUCCCCGGAAAGCUUCAUUUUACCAUUUUUCACUGGAAAAGUUAGCAUUGUUAUCUUAAGUGAAUGCUGUGAAGGAGGUUACGCGCUCUCUCGAUCGCAAAAAGAUAAAACAUUCAGCACUUGAUAUUUUGUUUUCGCCACCACGACAUUUGCGCGAAAACUCGUAGUGGAAUGACGACGGCUACCACAUUUUCCCGCCAAAAUGACGCUGGCUCACGCGCGAACUUUACUUAGUAUCGAGAAAAUCUCGUACUCGCGGUCGCACUCGUCUGAGAAUCUAAAGGUCUCUAAUACCAAUUUCUUAGAAUUUUUAGACAGGAGAGAAAAAAUACUACAAGCUGCGCAUGCGUAUGGUGUUUCCGGUUGUCGCCUUCUUCCGCCUGGCUACCCUUCGAGCAGAGCCUGCUUUUGUCUUCUUUUUGAUCGAGGAAAAGAAAAGGAAGCUCUUCUUGAAUAGCGUCGAUCCUUUGAACUCGCCGCAGCCGGAACUUCUAGACUAGUCAAUCUUUUUUUCUCUCGUCAAACAGUUUUUUAGUGGGAGCAUCGAUUUAUUAUUUAAAAAGCCGGUGGCCAUAACUGAGCCCACUGUACCAAGCGCAUGGCUAUUAGGCCUGGGUUCGAAACUGUUCCCUAGCAACAUGCAGCGCAUGCUCAACAAAGAUCUUCCUCCAUUCAUGCCGAGUCUUUCUCGAGUACGGCAAAAUGGAGCUGCAAUAGGGAAAGAAAGCCUCUACUGGCUGGGUACAUUCCGCCCGGAGAUUCGCCCGCCAUCGCAAGUUUGCUCCUUUUGAGCUGAAAGAGUAGUGAUGUUAUUAUGAUGUACUUUCUCUUUCGUUUUAGGUUAUCGAGUGCAAGAAAGUGGCAAAGUCACCUUCGAAACAUUGAAA